GCAAUAUGGCGGUGUGCAGUUGCAGUUCGCCGGGCCUCUGGGUCCGGGCCACAGAUCACCAUUUGGGGAGUCUCUUCACGCUCCUCUCGAAGCCAUUUUGUUCCGCCGCUGCUGCCUCUAGGCCCCUGAAUGCCCAGCAAUUGGCGGACAGGCUCCGAGCCCAGAAACGGGAACAAAAGAAGAAGGAGGAGCCGGUUCCUACAAACCCUGUUCAGCGAAGGGUGCGAGAACUAGUGCGGUUCACAAAGCAGCUGCAGCGAGUCCACCCAAACGUGCUUGCUAAGGCACUGAGACGAGGGAUUCUUCACCAGGACAACGACCUUGUGGUCAUCAAUAAGCCCUACGGUCUCCCUGUCCAUGGUGGCCCUGGGGUCCAGCUCUGCAUCAGUGAUGUGCUGCCUAUCCUGGCAAAGAUGUUGCUUGGCCCCAAGGCAGAGCCCCUGCAUCUAUGCCACCGGCUAGACAAGGAAACUACAGGCGUGAUGGUGUUGGCCCGGGAGAAGGAAGUGGCACAUCAAGUCCAAGAGUUGUUUAGAACCCGUCAGGUGACCAAGAAGUACUGGGCCAUCACUGUGCGUGUCCCCAUGCCGCCAGCAGGAGUUGUGGACAUCCCCAUCAUUGAGAAGGAAGUGCAAGGCCAGCAGCACCACCACAAGAUGACGCUGUCCCCAAGCUACCACAUGGACAAUGGGAAAAUGGUGAAAGUGCGCACCAACCGGCAUGCACAUGUGGCCGUGACUCGGUACCAGGUGCUCAGCAGCACACUGCCCUCUGCCCUCCUGGAGCUCCAGCCUGUGACCGGAAUAAAACAUCAGCUUCGAGUUCACCUGUCUUUUGGAUUGGAUUGUCCCAUCCUUGGCGAUCACAAGUACUCAGACUGGAAUAGGUUGGCUCCCCAGAAGCUGCCUGCGGGCACGCUGAAGAGGCUGGGGCUGGAACAGGCGAAGGCCCGUCACCUCCCUCUUCACCUGCAUGCCCGGCAGCUGGUCCUGCCCGCCCUGGGGUCCAGGAGGGAAGAACUCAACUUGGUCUGCCAGCUUCCUCGCUUCUUUGCGCGUUCUCUGAGACGCCUGGGUCUAGAGAUGCCAAGUAAGGAUCAGCAUGGAGACGAUGAAGUGGACCAUCUGGGACUACAGUGAAGACUGUGGAGCAGUUUGACCCCUGAGCUCGUCACUCUGUUUAGCAGGGAGUGAAGUUGGCUUUGGUGGCCCCAGAAGAGCCAGGUAUGAGAAGUUGAAGAACCUCGGCUCCUUUGGGGCUUUUAAUGGUGAACAAACUAUUUAUCGAUAAUUUGGGCAAGCUGUUAGAAAGCCUGCAGAAGUCCCCUUGCCACAGAAUCUCUGCAAAAAUGGAAGAAGAGCUGAGGACCAGGCAGAUUGGGUCAAUAAUUGGAGAAGAAGGAGGACUAAAGGACAGAAGGACAAAAUGUAUGGUCAGGGACUAUAUUCAACCAACAGUAAAACUCUUGAUCUUUCAAGAAGGUACCCAUGGUUGGAAAGAACAUAAUGGUUAAACACAUCUCUUAGAACCCACUGUCUAGCUCCAGUGGCAGAGCCUUCCUGCACUGGUGACUGUGGAGCCUGGGAAGGGGGUGUUUGGAGAGGGAUUGAGGUGGGACAUUCUGAUAAGCAAGUUAAGCAGGUAUAAACGGCAGGCAGAUAUCAAAUGCAGGAAGCUGGCAGGGGAUGGACAGCGGUGGGGGAAACAAACCAGGAUCCAAAUACAAUAUCUAAAAAGGGCUGGUUUUGGCUCCAGGUGUUUGUUACCACGUGGGAAUGGAUUUUCUCAUUUUUUCAGAGAAUCAGGGGACCCAGAUAUUUAUGUGAAAUCUCCCAUUACGCUAACAACUAAUUCAAAUUUUUAGAAAAUUCUUCGGCAGCCAAGCAAAUCAUAUUUGCUGAUCAAAUUUUGUCUACAGGCUACCAGUCUGCAGUCUAUGUUUAAAGAAUGGUGUAGAAGUUUGGAGGAAGGUGCCAUCUUGGAAGUUCUGGGUCAGUGGUUGGCAUUCUAGAUAAUGUAGCCGCCUGUCCUUUCCAGGCUUUGGAUGAUGAUCAGUAAAAGUACAAACAUGUGGUUAUAAAGGUGCUGCCAUGUUUUAAUCUUACUUGGGAAGCAAAGCUCCUGUUCUUGGGUCUCAGGGAGGAGAAGGUCAUGUUAAACACUACUAGGCCUGGAGAUGAUGCUAGCCUCCCUGCUCCCAGUUGGUCUACCUGGCUCCUGUCUUAUUUCUGGCAAACAGAUAUAUGUCACAUUACUUUAGGGAGAGUUGAGGAAUGUUGGGGUGACAGCUCAAUUAAGGACUCCCACCCGCCCCAAACAGCCGUGGUAUGCUCUCUUUCUGCUGAUAACUCAUCUUUCUAACCCUGAUACCUCCUGCCUAACGUAUUUAACUUCAGAAGUACUUAGGAGUACUUAGGAGAUAACUGCAUUUGUUUGUAUAAGGCCUAAAUAUAUUUUGGCUGUUGUUCCCAGUCUAGUAAACCGUGCUUCUGAAAAUAAAGGUACAAGAUUGUGACAUUUAAGGAAUAUGGAUAAUUGACUUUGAUUCAGGGAGAUGGAUGAACAGGAAUGGCCCACAGAAAUGCAGAGAAAUGUGGUAGAAGAGCUGAUGAUGGGAAUCAAAGUUAGGAAUGGAAAAUGCAGAAAAGAAGGAGCUAGUCAGGGUCUGGUUUGCUAAAGCUGCCAGAAUACAAUAUACCAGAAAUGGAUUGGCUUCUAUAAAGGGGAUUUAUUAGGUUAAUAGAUUUACAGUUCUA